AUGGGCGCCAAGCAAAAGGGCGGCGCGAAGCCGAAGAAUACGGCGGAGGAGGUCGAGGAGACUCUUCAGGCUGUGGUGCUUGCCGAUACUUUCGAGACUAGAUUCGAGCCUUUCACUCGCGACAAGCCGAGGUGUCUACUCCCUCUCGCCAAUACCCCUCUCAUCGAAUACACCCUCGAGUUCCUUGCCAAUGCUGGCGUGGAAGAAGUGUUCCUAUACGCAGGAGCUCAUUCAGAUCAACUAGAGAAAUACAUCAACACCUCCAAAUGGCGAGCUCCAUCCUCACCCUUCAAGCAAUUGACCUUCCUCAAGUCCACCUCCACCUCCGUCGGUGAUGUCAUGCGCGAUCUCGACGGCAAGCAUCUCAUCACUGGCGAUUUCAUCGUUGUCAGCGGCGAUGUCAUCAGCAACCUCCCCAUCGAGGGCGCUCUGUCCAAGCACCGCAAGCGUCGCGAGGCCGACAAGAACGCCAUCAUGACCAUGGUCCUCCGCGAGGCGGGCCGCAACCACCGCGCCAAAUCCUCCUCCAUCUCUCCCGUCUUCGUUAUCGACCCAACCAAGGAUCGCUGCCUGCACUACGAGGAGAUUGAUCACCACUCCGAUGAGCACCCGGCACGCUUGAACAUCGAUUCCGAUAUCAUUCUGUCUACGCCUGAGUUGGACAUUCGCCAGGACCUUAUCGACUGCAGCAUCGAUAUCUGCACUCCGGACGUGCUGAGCUUGUGGUCCGACAGCUUUGACUACCAGUCUCCCCGGAAACACUACUUGUACGGAGUCCUCAAGGACUACGAGCUGAACGGCAAGACCAUCCACACAUACAUCAUUAAAGAGGACUACGCCGCGCGGGUACGUAACCUCAAGGCCUACGAUGCCGUCAGCAAGGACAUCGUCUCGCGCUGGGCUUACCCCUUGUGCCCGGAUACCAACCUCCUCCCAGGCCACACCUACAGUCUCCGGAAGGGCAACUUGUACCAAGAGCAGGGCGUCACGUUGGCUCGCUCGUGCGUACUUGGCCGACGCACCGUAAUCGGUCGGGGCACUAGCAUCGGCGACCGGUCAACGGUGCACAGCACGAUUCUCGGACGGAACUGCAAGAUUGGCAAGAAUGUCCAGCUGGAUGGCGCCUAUAUCUGGGAUAAUGUCGUGAUCGGGGACGGCUCGGAUGUUCGCGGGGCUAUCAUUGCCGAUGGCGUGGUAGUUGGCAAGAACUGCUCUAUCGCACAAGGCGCUCUCCUCUCCUACGGCGUCAAGAUCGCAGAUGGAGUCAAGAUCGAGAGUGGCAUGCGCAUUACCCGGUCCCGGCCCGAUGGCAGCGUGGGUACCAGUGACCCCUCGGUAGUCGGUGAGGGCGGCGAGGGCUACGAGUUUAUCCACGGCGAGGACGACGACGAGGAAGAAGAUGAUAUCAGCGUUGCCUCGUCGGGAUUGGUAUACCGCAUGCCCGGUCUUUCACUAUCCAACGCCUCAAUCUCUACCCUAUCCUCCGAAGUGUCCGAGGGAUCAUGGCCCCGUUCCGGACGAAGCAGUUUCUCCGACGGUGAAGAGCAAGACAACUUCCACCACGACGCCUCCGUCAGUGUCUUCGACAGUCUGCGCGAGGGUACGUCCGCCGACGUGGUACAGUUGGAGCUGGUCAGUCUCCGUAUGACCGCCAACGCCUCCGACGUCCAAGUCCGCCGCGCCGUCGUCUCCUCCUUCAUGAAGUACAUCCAACAAUUGAUGGAGGGUGGCAAGGGCGCCGGCGAGGCCGUGAAAGAAGUCUUCACCAAAUACCGUGAAGUCGUGGACCGGACCUUGUUCGACCGGAACAAGGAAGUCAAGAAGGACCAGGUCGACUUCUUGCUUCAGUUGCAGCAGGAUCUUGUGCACCGGAACAAGGGCUCGAGUAUCCUCCUGUUUACGGCGAAGGAGCUGUAUGAUCUGGAGCUGGUGGAUGAGGAGGCGUAUGAGCAGUGGUGGGAUGAUGAGCGGUCUAGUAGUAGUGAGGAGAUGCGGACUGUUCGGGCUCAGACGCAGCAGUUUGUGGAUUGGUUGGCGAAUGCUGAAGAGGAGAGUAGUGAAGAGGAGGAGGAUGAGAGCGAGGAGGAGGAGAGUGAUGAUGAUGAACGGUUCCGUCCGAUCAGCGCCCCCCCCUUCCCCACCCGACUCCCUCCCUCCCCCGAUUCCCGACCGUCUUGCCAAUUUCUACUAGUGACGUUGUGGCUCAACUGGUUCACACGAUCCCUUGGGUGGUUUGAACCCCUCCCUCCCUGCCUCACCAGACUCAACCCAAAUAACCACAUCCACCCCUUCCCUCCCCCCACCGUCGGCACGGCCGUCCCCCUUUUCACCACGCCUCGCCUCACGCGGAAGAGAAAGGCGGCUGAGGCGGCGAUUGCGGACAACGACCAGUCUUCCCCCAAAGCCGCCACCAAGGCUGCCAACACCGGAAACGCCACUGCCACUGCUGCUGCUGAUACUACUACGUCUGGGUCUGACCCCAAGUCACGCUCCAAGCAGGUUUCUUCCGUGACGGUGACUUCUCUGGAUACUGAGAGGGGUAGCUCGACUAGUUCUGCUGGCUUGGAUCACAAGAAGAGUCGUAUUGCGACGCCGGCAACUACGACGGGCAGUAUGGACUCGGAUGAUGAUUUUAUGAGCGAUGUCUCGAGUGCGGAGGAUUUUCUUGAUACACAGGGAAGUGACGAUGAGAGUUUGGGUGAAGGUACGUGUUGUUACCGAGAAGAAAGGAACUCCUGCCUUGAUCUACGUGAUCUUGAGGGUCUUGAGGAUCAGACGAAACAUUUCAGCGAUUUAGACACUGGUUUCUCCGACGAUAAAGAUCUCCUCAAGCAAAAGCGCAAACCAUACGAAGUCAAGUUCAAGGUCUUAGCCCCCUCCGAUAUCGACUAUGAACAGCUCGUGCAAGUCAACGAGGUUUCCGCUAUCCUCGGCUUGCCCCCAGAGUCGGCAGCCAUCCUGCUCCGAUUUGCCCGAUGGAAAAAGGAAAAGCUCAUCGAGGGGUACAUGGAGAAUGAGGAUAAGACGCUUGAAGAUGCUGGCCUAGGGAAGAGUUCACAGGGUUCGGCCAAGACGGAAGUCAUCCCCGGGUUCAUGUGUGACAUCUGCUGUGAUGAUGGGGAUAAUCUAGAGAGCUAUGCGAUGCGUUGUGGGCAUCGCUUCUGCGUGAAUUGUUACCGGCAAUAUCUGGCUCAGAAAAUCAAGGAAGAAGGCGAGGCUGCGAGGAUUCAGUGUCCCGGUGAAAAGUGUCAUCGCAUCGUGGACUCGAAGUCUUUAGAUCUGUUGGUUACCGAGGACUUGCAGGAACGUUACCGCACGCUUCUUACCAGGACCUACGUGGAUGAUAAGGACAAUCUACGGUGGUGCCCGGCUCCCGAAUGCGUAUAUGCGGUCGACUGCGCCGUCAAGACUCGAGAUCUCCGCCGCAUCGUCCCAACGGUGCGAUGCCGUUGUGGACACGAGUUCUGCUUCGGCUGUUCCCUCAACGAUCAUCAGCCCACACCGUGCACACUGGUCAAGAUGUGGUUACAAAAGUGUGAGGACGACUCCGAGACCGCUAACUGGAUAUCGGCCAAUACCAAGGAAUGCCCCAAGUGCCAGUCCACGAUCGAGAAGAACGGCGGUUGCAACCACAUGACAUGCCGCAAGUGCAAGCACGAGUUCUGCUGGAUGUGCAUGGGUCUCUGGUCCGAGCACGGUACUAGCUGGUACAACUGCAACCGAUACGAGGAGAAAUCUGGAUCGGAAGCUCGCGGUGCACAGGCCAAAUCUCGUGCCUCGUUGGAACGCUACCUGCACUACUACAAUCGAUAUGCGAACCACGAGCAAUCCGCCAAACUGGACAAGGAUCUGUAUCUCAAGACCGAGAAGAAGAUGACCAGUCUGCAGUCCGCGUCUGGUAUGUCCUGGAUUGAAGUGCAGUUCCUGGACACCGCCUCGCAGGCUCUUCAACAGUGCCGCCAGACGCUGAAGUGGACAUAUGCAUUUGCAUUUUAUCUGGCGCGGAACAAUCUCACCGAGAUUUUCGAGGAUAAUCAGAAGGAUCUGGAGAUGGCGGUUGAGAGUCUGAGUGAGAUGUUUGAGAAGCCCGUGGCUGAACUGGCCGAGCUGAAGGUGGUUAUUCUCGACAAGACAACGUACUGCAACAAGCGGCGGGUCAUUCUGUUGAGUGAUACGGCUGAGAACUUGAAGAAUGGAGAAUGGUCGUUCAACAUCGACUGGUGA